AAAUUCUCCGGUUUACCUUGUUUGUCUUUUGUUUGGAAGACCGUCCUUAUUCUUCUUUCAUGGCUCUGGUCAGCACAAUCCAAAAUAUAUAAGCCCAAUUGUUCUUCCAUUUAAGACUCAUCAUCUUAUUGCCUCACAUAAAGACGUACACACAGAGAGAGAGAGAGAGAGAGAGAGAGAGAGAUUAAUUGAUGAUAUUUUGAAUAGAGAAUUCUUCAGAAAUGGCCUGUUUGGAUGGAAUUAACUGUAACAAUCUUAUAGAAGAAAUGCAAGAGCCCAGUGUUGAUAGAGAUAAAUUGAGCUACGAGAUUUUUUCGAUUUUGGAAAGCAAGUUUUUGUUUGGUUACGAUGAUCAAAAGCUUUGGAUUCCAAAGCAAAUAUCACCGCCCAUUGAGCAGCCGAAAAACGACGACGUUGUGAACGACGGCGGCGAUGUUCAGGCUAUAAAAUAUCAGAGGGGAAAAAUCUGCAUUCUGAGCAUCGACGGUGGUGGAAUGCGAAGCAUAAUAUCGGGUAAAGCGCUGUCGUAUUUGGAGACGGCGUUGAAGAAUAAGUCUGGGAAUCCGGCAGCCAGAAUAUCGGAUUACUUCGACGUCGCCGCUGGCACCGGCGUCGGAGGAAUUUUCACGGCGAUGCUCUUCGCCACUAAAGAUCAGAACCGGCCGAUUUUUAACGCUGACGACACGUGGAAGUUUCUCGCAGCAGAAGGGAAGAAAUUCUACUGUUCAAGUAAGUCGAAGCCUACUCUCUUCAAGAGAAUAUUUAACAAAACCGGCGGCGGAGGAAAUUCCGCCACUGGUUCAGCGACGGCUGGUCUAGAGAAGGCAAUGAAGGAGGCGUUUACGGAUGAGAAAACUGGGCGGAGUUUAACGUUGAAGGACACUCUAAAACCGGUUUUGAUUCCUUGCUAUGACCUCUCCACUACGGCGCCUUUUUUGUUCUCCCGAGUCGAUGCUCUAGAAACGGACAGCUAUAAUUUUAAGAUAUGGGAGGUGUGCUUGGCUACGUCGGCUGAACCUGGCCUUUUCGACCCGGUUUGCAUGAAAUCGGUUGACGGAUUGAACCGUUGCAUAGGGGUUGACGGGGGACUGGCCAUGAAUAAUCCGACGGGGGUGGCUAUUACGCACGUGUUGCAUAAUAAGCAGGAGUUCCCAUUCGUUAGAGGAGUCGAGGACGUCUUGGUACUCUCAAUAGGCACGGGUGGCCAGCUGUUAGAGCACAGUUUCGAGUUUGAGCAAGUCAAGAGAUGGAAGGCCGAGGAUUGGGCUCGACCUCUGGCUAAGAUAUCUGGCGACAGCUCAGCCGAGUUGGUCGACCAUGCCGUCGCUAUGGCUUUCGGCCAGAACCGGAGUUGUAAUUAUGUCCGUAUUCAGGCAAAUGGAUCCAGUUUGGGUGGAUUUCGGCCAAAUGUCGACUCUGAUUGUAGCCCCAGCAAUGUAAAAAUGCUCAUGGCAAUGGGCGAUGAAAUGCUGAAACAGAAAAAUGUAGAAUCUGUUUUGUUCAAUGGUAAAAAGAUUGGAGAGCAAACCAAUUUGCAGAAACUUGACUGGUUCGCUGAACAACUUGUGCUAGAGCAUCAGAUGAGGAGCUGCCGAAUGGCUCCUACUGUUGCAUUCAAGCAAGCUACUCCAAAACCUUCUUAAAUAUAUCCCUAUUAUAAUCAAAAAAUUCCCAAAAAAAAAAGGUACAGAUGUAUGAAAUUCAAAAAGAGCAAAGAACUGGAAGAAGAAAAGCAAUAUAGUAGCUUUUACUUUGUGAGAAAAACAUCAGGUAGGAAGAAAAUUGGUCAAGAACUUUAGUGAAAAGGACUAUGUAACUGUAAAAAAGUAUGGAUUUUGGUAAUUCUCCUCACUUGAGAUUUGCCAUAGAAUUGGUCUAGAGAUUGCGCAACAAAUAAAUCCUUCAUUCUCUUGAUCUCAAAAGAGUGUUAUUGUUGGUGGGUUACCAUUAAAUUUUGUUUAAGGUUAGUGGUGGAGAGAAGAUUAAUGGUUUUUGUAACUUUUAGCAAGGAUGCCUUUGUGAUUGUGAGUUUAGUGUUGUUGGUUUCUCAUUGGCUACUGAUUGUGUUUAUUGAUUUUGUAUUUUGUUUGCAUUAAUAUUUCUCGAUUUAUUGAAGAUACAUCCUCUCU